CUUUGACCGCGACGCACAAGGUACAAAGUCACUGGUGAAGCAGCCAGUCCAGCUUUGAGCUGCCCCGCUCUAUAAAUCGCACUUAAACCCACCCUGGCGGUGGACUGAGUCCAGGAAAACUGGAAGAAAAUUUGGGAUUUUAACGGGCAGAGAACCAUCAUAUUAAAUCGUCACACAGCGCUAGAUUUGCACGAGUGUUGGACAGCUGCAGCCGACUUCAACUUCUUUGUCAGGUUCCGUAAAUAAUGGUCAACAAACUUGGACCCGAUAUUUAACCUUCAACCGUCUUCCGUUGCUCUGGGCUCAUCUGCACAUUUGCAAGAUUAAUUCGUUUAUUCUGUCAACAUUACGCGUGUUAUACACAGCAGUUCAGUAAAUGACUUUGUGAGCUGGCUUCUGUGCAGUGACACCAACAUGUCACUUACCAUAAAGCUAGUUGUUAGGAAAUUAGUUUCUAUCCGCACGUCCUGAUAUGGAAUUGUGAGUAAAAUUGGGACACGCCCGCAAGCAAUAAUAGGCUACCCAAGCUUUUUAGAAAUCCUGGCAACAGUGCAAUACUUCUCUGAUCUCCCUCCUGGGAUUGUGGUCUGUUCAAACAUAACUGUUGAGAAGACUUGUAGUGUGGCAAUCAAAAAGGACAACCUUUCGAACAGCUGCAACACCUCUGGCAACUCGAGUGAACCUUGUUUUCUGGAAGCGAUACUGUCUGGAGUUGAUGAAUGUCACUGUCCGUAUUGGUGUCCUCGCCAUAGCGGAUGUAAUAUUUGUUCCUCUUAAAAUUUACAGUAUUUCAGAGGGACUCCUUGGAAGGUGACCAACAUAAACUAUUCUUAACAACUUGAAGCGCGUUUUUGUACCCAGUGGCACAGUUGACACUUGGACAAGGUAUCAAUUUCCUUGUCCGGGGUUUAUGCAAGCCAAGAUUAGGCUAUGGCAUCUUCAUGGGAAAACUGGAUUUGGCUACUAUGGAGACGGACUUUAGUUCCCUCUCUCCUCGUGCUUUGGGUCACCUGUCUCGGGACACACGGAGGAGAGGAUGGAGCUUUUAAUGCAGAGUCAUGGCUGCGGAUGUAUGGCUACCUACCUCAGGCCAGCAGACAGAUGUCCACCAUGCGGUCAGCUCACACCCUUUCCAAUGCCGUCAGCGACAUGCAGCGUUUCUACGGCCUGCAGGUCACCGGCGCGAUGGACCACGGCACGGUGACAGCCAUGCAGAGGCCGCGCUGUGGAGUCCCAGACAAGUUUGGGGGUCAGAUCAAGACCAACGUUCGGCGGAAACGUUAUGCACUCACUGGCCACAAAUGGAACAAGAGCCACCUCACCUACAGUAUACAGAACUACACCCCAAAGAUCGGGGAGUACAACUCGUAUGAGGCCAUCCGUAGGGCCUUCAAGGUGUGGCAGAAGGUGACCCCGCUGACCUUCGAUGAGAUCCCCUACCAGGAGAUCAAAUAUGGCCGCAGGAAGGAGCCUGACAUCAUGAUCUUCUUUGCCUCGGGUUUCCACGGAGACAGCUCACCCUUCGAUGGCGAGGGCGGGUUCCUGGCCCACGCCUACUUCCCUGGUCCUGGUAUGGGUGGUGAUACUCACUUUGACUCUGAUGAGCCGUGGACCAUCGGCAAUGGGAACUUGCAAGGUAAUGAUCUGUUCCUUGUUGCUGUACAUGAGCUGGGCCAUGCCCUGGGCCUGGAACACUCCAACAACCCAAUGGCCAUCAUGGCUCCUUUCUACCAGUGGAUGGAAACGGACGACUUUCAACUGCCCGAGGAUGACCUCAGAGGAAUACAACAGAUCUAUGGUCAGCCAGACGGUACACCCACCCAGGCUCUUCCCACUGUCACUCCUCGCCGGCCAGCCCAGCCAGACCCCAAACCCCCCAACUCUCCACCCAACUCUCCCCCAAGCACCCCCAACUCUCCACCCAACUCUCCCCCAAGCACCCCCAACUCUCCACCCAACUCUCCCCCCAACUCUCCACCCAAGUCACCACCCAACUCUCCUCCCAACACUCCGCCCAGAUCUCCCCCUAACUCUCCCCCCAACGCCCCACCCCGGAAGCCAGACAAUCCCCACACGACUGACCGCCCGGACCACUACGGCCCAAACAUCUGUGAAGGAAACUUCGACGCGGUCACCAUGCUCAGGGGAGAGAUGUUUGUGUUCAAGGGUCGCUGGUUCUGGAGGGUGCGGAGGAACAGGGUGCUGGACAACUACCCAAUGCCCAUUGGUCACUUCUGGAGGGGACUGCCUGGGGACAUCGAUGCAGCCUACGAGAGACACGAUGGGAAAUUUGUCUUCUUUAAAGGGAAUAAGUACUGGCUGUUCAGGGAGGCAAACCUGGAGCCUGGUUACCCCCAGGAGCUGACAGACUACGGCAGGGACAUCCCAUAUGACAAGAUAGAGACAGCCAUCUGGUGGGAACCAUCAGGUUUCACAUACUUCUUCAAAGGAGACUGGUACUGGCGCUUUAACGAACAGUCCCGUGCAGUCGACAAGGACUACCCCAAGCCAAUCAGUGUGUGGGGCUCUGCAGUCCCGUCCUCUCCCAAGGGGGCUUUCCUCAGCGAUGAUGGAGCUUAUACAUAUUUCUACAAGGGAUCCAAAUACUGGAAGUUUGACAACCACCGGAUGAAGAGUGAGCCGGGCUACCCUAAAUCCAUCCUGAGGGACUUCAUGGGCUGCAGUGUGGACCUGGACCCAGACAGAGAUGGGGACACCGACGCAGGACGCAAGGUCCCCGACGUGGAUCGCCCGCCCUUCAACCCUGAUGCAGGCCGGGACAAAGACAAGGAGAAGGACAAGGAGCGGGACAAGGAUCGAGACCGCACCAACGAUGUAGACUAUAAGGACGAGAGAGAAGAGGAGACCAACGAGGUGGACGUGGUGCUGAAGAUCGACGAGAGCGAGACGCGCACUAUGAACAUCAUCAUGGUGACAGUACCCCUGGUCCUGGUGCUGUGCAUCCUGGGACUGAUCUACGCCAUCAUCAACACACUGAAGAGGAAAGGAGCUCCCAAACUGCUGGUCCACUGCAAACGCUCCAUGCAGGACUGGGUGUGACCUCUGACCCACUUAAUAACCCCCCCCACCUGAAUCCUAUCCUCGUUCCUCCAUCUUCUCAUCCAAAACAUGGUAGUAGAGACAUAAGUGCAAAUACGUACACACAUAUGCAUACACACACUCACACACACAGCAAACAUAAACACAUACUCCUAACUCGUCCCCCUCCCAUGGUGCUCUCCCCAAUGAGUUGACUGUAGUCUAUUUAUAUCAGAACGUUUGCACAUUGUUUUUUGUUUUUGUUUGGUUCAUAUUGUGUGUGAGUCUCUUUUUUUUUCUAAACCAGGAAGUGUCUGCAUUAUUCUCUCUCUCUACGCCCGUUACAGGGGGUUUCUCUGAGAAAACUUCCAUCUGGUUCUUGGAUUAACCUUUGAAAGGGAAACAGAGACAAAACAGAGCGAUAGAGAGAGACGGCAGCGCAGAAUGAAGGGAGUGAAGGAGGUUUGAUUCUGUGAAAAGCAGAGAGCCCCCCCCUUCCACUCCUCCUCCCUCCCUCCCAUCUCCUCCCUCACUCAGGACUCCUUCAGCUGAAGCAGGCCUACUGCAGGUCAGGUAUCAACAGGAGAGAGAACAGUGUAAACAGUGUCACUUUUUGAACUGCAACUCACCCAAUGCUUUUUAUCACUACACCUUCCAUGUUGAACAGCCACUAACUGAACUUUUGGUUUUCUCAUCUGUUUUUAAUUCAAGGGCACCAUGGAUGAUAUUGGAAAUGUUGUCCAUACUUUAUAGACAACUUUCACAAACGUUUGGGUUAUUCAACCAAACAUGGUCCCGUGGUGCCUCUUUCAUUUCAAACCUUGUUUCGGUCCUAUUAAACCGUGGCAAUGAGAGUUUGAGUUGUUAUGAUAGGGAAGGGAAGGGUUGGAAAAGAAAGGCGCUUCUUUCCCAAAAAAUGUAAGACAAAGGCAAUUCACUGUGAAAUGACUUUGUGUGGGACUUGAGGGAGCAGUUGCGGUACUGAGGAAGGAGAGAGACGGGGUAUUGAAUGAAUAUCCACUGGGCAAAAUCUGGUUGAAUCAAUGUUGUUUCCACGUCAUUUCAAUGUGAUGAUGUUGAAUCAAUGUGGGAAACUGAUUGGAUUUGCAAAAAGUUAUCAACGUAAGGGAAUCUAAUUUUCUAAUUUUCCCACCAAACUUUUAACCUAAAUCCAAUCCAGCUAGCACAUUGGGAACGAAGCCAUACGUUUUUUAAACGUUCUGAGAAUGUAAGUGAACAUUUAGCCUGUUCUGGGAACGUUCAUUUUUAGGUUGCUGGGAGGUUGCGAGAACAUUUUACUAUGGUUCCCUGAAAGUUUUCCUGUGAGGUUUUGUUCAUGUUCUGAGAAUGGAAAUUAUAGGUUAUUUGAAGGUAAUUAAAUAAACUUCUGGGAAUAAUACUUUUAAUACCACUGCUAGCUUAGGUUAACUGUUUUGAACUCCAAGCACAGAUAGGACACAUGUUAAUUCAUCUUCUUAUGAUUAGGAACUUAUGAUCGAUCUUCUGCUCUCUAUCCAUGGAAUUAGUCCAUUGAUGCUGAGAACGGAGUGUAUAUGUUUUUUAAUUACAUUCUUAGAACGUUCUUUGAACGUUACUAAUGUUUUCUUGUGGUUUUUAUGGAACCUUUUCUUAAUGUUUCUGAGAACAUGACUUUAAAUAGAACCAUGAGAAAACCUGUAGAAAAAGUCCUUCAGAAGUACCGAAAUUCUCACAGAAGAACUUUGUUUCGUUUCGUUCUCUGAUCGUUCUGAGAACAUGGCUUUAAAUAGAACCAUGAGGAAACCUAUAG